ACUUUUAGCCGGUGUCGCGUGCGCAUCGUUUCGCGAGUCGCAGCUGCAAUGUGAAUCGGAGUUAAGCAAGUGAAUAAAUAGUGUGAAUACAAGUUUUAAUUUGAAUCAAUGUGUAUUUGUCUCAUAAACUGUGUGACAUUUCAAAAUAAUAAAGACAAUUCAAAGUGCUGUGGCAUCUGGUCGAGCGCAAUUGUGAAAUAUGCCAAGACCCCAAUCGUGUGUGAGAACUAGAAGAAGGCAAAGCAACCAAUAUUAGAGAGCAGCGCACCACUGCACCGCUGCACCACCACACAUUAGACUAACCACUGGACGGGCACUGGUUGUGUCUCAGCGCCAACUAACCAUAAUAAGCAGCCCGAACAGCAACUAUAUCAAUAUUCGCUAGGAGAGCGCUGAAGGCAUUCCGCAUAAGCCGCAGCAGAGGCGCUGCAGCUGGUGAGCAGCUCGUGUGGUGCUGUGCUGCUGCCUACCGGCAGAUGUGACCCAGUUAAGCCGAUUUGCAGCCAGACGGCGUACGACCAGAGCACGCGGAUUAUUAAUUUGCCUGGCAUUCUAUUAGAGGGCCACGGCUGAAACAUGCGCUCCCAGCACCCAACGCCGAUCCUCGCCAGCCUCUCUCUCUGCCUCGUCCUGGCCGUCAGCCUGCAGCCGCAGCUGCUCCACUGUGCCACAGCGGGCGGCCUGAAGGCGGCAAUAUUAAGGAGCGACAGAAUAAAUGACGGCACAUUGCAUAGAAGUCAAUCAAAGAGAGCGGCGACAUUGGCAAAAUCGCUGCCAUUUAUUACAGCGCCAACGCGAAUUGUGAAAGCAAAUGAUGGGGAAACAGUGUCACCAACAGCAGCAGCAGCAGCAGCAGCAGAAGCAGCAGCAGAAGCAGCAGCAGCAGCUAUGCAGACAAAUGCGGAGCCAUCCGUUGCUGUUGCAGUUGCAGUUACAACGGCAAUUGUGGAAACUGCAUUGUCCAGCCGCAGCAGCAUUAAUAACAUUAGCAACAAUGACGAUCGACAGCGACUGCCAGGACAGGGGCAGGGGCAGGUGCUGGGGCAGGGGCAGCGGCAGGAGGCAGCAGCAGCCGUGUUGCAAGCAAAUCUUAUUAUGAGCAACAGGAGUGUGGAGCAGCAGGACCCAUAUGUGCACAAGUACAGAAUUACGCAGAACAAUGCAUUGUUCUCCCACAGCAAUGGGUCGACAGCCACAGCAAUCAAUGGAGCUGCCAUGGCUAAGGCAACAAUGGAGCAAUCGACAGCAUCUACUACAACAACCGCAGCCACACCAACUACAACAACAGCAGCGGCAACAACAACGACAACGACACGCCGGCCGGCGCCAAGGACAACGCUAAAGCCACCGCCAACAAUAGAUGAUUACCAGACAAUAAUUAGCCAAGCGGGCACACACGCCUAUCUGCCCUGCAACGUCAAGCAAUUGGUAAAGAAGCCCAUCUCCUGGCUUCGCAUGCGAGAUGGCCACAUACUCACCGUGGAUCAGACCACCUUCAUAGCGGAUCAGCGCUUUCAGUCGGUCUUUUCGCCCAACCCCGAGCGCUGGUCCCUGCAAAUCAAAUACGUGCAGCUCAAGGAUGAGGGCACCUACGAGUGUCAAGUCUCCACGGAGCCCAAGGCGAGCGCAAUUGUGCACUUGCGCAUUGUGGAACCUAAAACCGAAUUAAUUGGCGAGUCUACGCGCCACGUGAAGGCCGGAAGUCAAGUGAAACUGCGCUGCAUAAUUAGCCAAGCGCUGGAGCCGCCACUUUUCAUUAAUUGGUUUUACAAUCAGAAGCAAAUCUAUUUGCAUAAUCGUCGCGGCUGGCGAACGGAAAUUGAGCGCAUCGAUCUGCCAACGGAAGUGCCAACGACGCCGACAGCAGCAACGUCGACAGCAGCAGCAGAUUCCCUUAAUGAUAUAACGGCCAUCACACGUUCGUAUAUUCUAGAUGCGAUAACGGUGAGCGAUGAGGAGGCGAGUGCCGGAUAUGGAUACGUGCUGCCAGCAACGGCAACGCCCACAGCAGCCACAAUGUCAACUACAGCAGCCACUGCUGCAGUUGCACUCGCAGCAGCGGCGACAGCAGCAGCAGCAGCAGGCGUUGCCUCAGGCCAAGGCGUUGCAGCAAAUGAUAUGCUGACAACGGCAGCAGCUGCUGGAGACAAACAGUCGACUAUGACGACAGCAGCAGCAGCAGUAGCAGCAGGUGAUGCGACAACAACAAUUCCAACAACAACAACGACAACCGAGCCAAUCACCACGCCAGCAACAACAACAACAAUGCUGCCGAGCAGCAGUUUCAUUAAGCAGAUAACGGCUGCCUCGCUAAUCAUUCCCGCCGUUGUGAAGCUCGACUCGGGCAACUAUACAUGCAGCCCCUCGAACAGCGCUCCGCGCACCAUUGUUCUGCACGUGCUAAAUGGUGAAUACUCCGCAUCGGCUAUUAAAUCGGGCAGCGUCAGCUGGAAUGCACUAAUUGGUUGUCCUGGCUAUUCGCCGUGGCGGAAUAUUUCAACAAUUUUGACACUGUUGUGGAUUAUUAAAUUUGUGUCCACCAGCCAUCGAGGCCGAAACAAAGUCAACAGGCGCACAGCGGCAGCAGCGCUUCAGGAGCCAGCCAGCACAAAAAACAGGACAACGUCUGGCGCAAGUGUCAGCCGCAGGCUCUGCUCCCAGAUGCAGACGACAACCCGCAGGCAGGGAUUCGAUGACGGCGCCUGCGGUGGCAGCUGUGGCCACGUCAGCAGCUCAAUUAGUGGCACGAAAGUGGCUGAGGACAAAACUUGAGCACUGAGUGCAGCGGCAGCGGCAACAGGAAUACCAGCAGGACGAAAUAAAGAUGCUGAGAUUCAGUUUAGACUACGCGUAGAACUUUAAGUGCCAACAAUGAGAGAUACAUUUCUAGCCACGACUUUGUCAAAUAGAUACAUUACAAAUGCAUUCACGCUCUCAUCUGUUGCAGACAAAAAUACAAAUAAAUAAAAUCAAAAACAUAUUUCUAGUACUUGCUUGUGGAUUCUUGAUAUGUGUAUGAGUGUUUGCAUAUUUUAAAACUUGCCAGAAAAAUUAGUUUUCAUUAAAAUUCUGAGUUCAUAGAAAUAUUUCGAUCUCUUCUCCUUUGGGUAAUCAAAUCAAGGAUAUUGAAAACUCCAGAGAGUUAUGUAAAUACGCAUGAAAGGAAUCUUUAGUUCGAAAUCUCUAAGAUGCGGUUUGAGUUAUGGUUGUAUUUACAUUAUAACACUAUAGGUAAGGCAAUUCGGAAAUAAAAAUCAUCUGCAAAAGCAGACCACUUAUUGAGAAGCUAAGAAUAAUAAAAACGCCCAACUGG